AUGUCAUCUGAAGUAUAUCUGAUUCCAAUGCAAGGUGACAGACCUUUGUUUUUGGAGCAAAGGCAAGAAUUUGAUAGAUAUACUAUUCCAAUUGACUUCUCUCCACCUUUUUUUCCAGACAAAUCUUUGUAUAAUUACAAUAUGGAACCUGUCAAAUACUACAAUGAACUUGUUGCUUCCGGUGGCAUUGAUCCAUCCCCAAUACUGAUUGGGAAAAUACUGUUUUUCAGUCAAAUUUCGCCACAUGCAAUCAGUCAGAUUUUAUUUAUUCCACGUAGGCUGCCAUUAAAGUUCCUUCAUUCAUUCUUUUUGGCUCCAAUUAUAGAAUAUAUGGACUUUCUACAUGCAGUUUCCAUUUUAUUUUCAAGAAUCGCAUUGCCAAAUUCAACCAAAUACUUAAAAGCAAUAUUUAAAUACUCAGGACGAGUUCUACAUCAAAAUGGAUUCUAUCCAAUCAUAUCAUCUCAUGAUGUUUCAGUGAUUGUUAAACUUUGCGUUUAUUAUUCAUCGCUAAAGUCAGCAAAUUCCGAUGUUUCUUUAAUUGAUUUCACAAAAAAAUGCUACCAGAUAGGAAAUUUUUCCAAACUAAAGCCUCUUACACUAGAAUUAUUAUAUCAAGAGUUAACUAAGCGAAUUAUUCCUUUAUACUUCACAUUUUGUGAUCCCAGAUAUCCUCCAAAUUGUGAGCAUCAAGGUAUUUUGUCAAUAAGAUCCCAUGUUAUGCGAAAAAUGAAAAGAAGGCAUUUUAGAAUCACAAAUGACGUUCUUGUUUACGCUUUAGAAGAUACACCUGAUCAGUAUUUCGGAGGAGUCGAAAUAGAUAAGCUCAUUUUCAUUGCUCCGGCUCCAAAAGAAAAGGAUCCAAAUUCUUUCAUGUUAGUUGGGAAGCAUGAAGAGAAUAUUGUCUUUGAUAUAGAGAAAGGAAAGAGAAUGCCUUCUGAUAAGCAAUCUCUUGUUUUGUUUGCUGAUUCCCACGAAGAUCUCGAAGGUUGGAGAAGUUCCUUAAUGUUUUACUCAUUCAGGAACACACUCACAAACCUUAUUGAAAAGUAG